AUGUCCGUUCAAUCACUGCUUUCCACUGACGCCGCUUUCGUUGAGCCUCCACAGCCAGACGAACAGGAUAAACAAAGUUGCAAAAACACAACCUCCGCACCAUUAUCCAUAACUACCAACCAAUCCACGGAACCAACCAGCCAUCACAUACCCUACUACCCCUACGAGACUAUCGCCCCUCCCUAUCAAUUCUCCUUCGCCGCAUCUCUCACUCCCGAUACAAGCCUGCUUCUUCCUAUUAGACCACUAGGCGAUACCACGAAUGGCAUUGCUGUUUGUUCAUUGGCAUUACCGCAUGCUUCGGUAACGGUUGUGAGGGAACUGGCUAGGAUUGUGGCGAGUAAGAUCAGGAAGUUCAACCUGGAAGUUGUGAUGGGAUUGCCGACUGGUGGGUUGGUUUUGGCGCCUUUUGUAGCGGAAGAAUUGGGAUUUGAUCGUCACAUCCCAUGGGGUUACACCAAGAAACCCUGGUACGGAGACCAACUCACCACCAAGAUAUCAUGUCUCUUCGACAAACCAGGCCAAGGACCACCGGUCUAUCUCGAUCCUAAUCUUUUGUCGUUGGUUAAAGGGAAUAGAAUUGCGUUGAUAAAUGAUGUGAUUAGUUCUGGGACGACUAUGAGCGCUAUAUUGAAAUUUUUGACUGAUAAGGAGCUUGUUGAUGGAGAGGAAUCGAGUGGAAUCGCGAAUGAUGAUAUUAGGAAGGAAGCGGUGGAUGAGGUGACUAGAACUGGAGGAAUGGGAAUGAACAUUGUUUGUAUUGGGGUGGGAAUGUUACAAGGAGAUGGGUAUAAGACGGAAUUGAGUGCAGAUGUUGUGAGGAUGAUAGUAGGAGCUAUGGAGAGUCCAUUGUUGAAAGCAGUUGAAGGAGGCUGGAUUCCAAGAUAA